CUCGUUACCAAAUUGUUGCAUAAACAUUUUUCAAGAAUAUGGCUGCCAAUUAAAAGAAUUGCUGCUUGAAAUUGGAUUCCUUUGGCAACUGUAGGCUUGAUAGGAGAACAAACUCUAGUUUUUCAUGUGAGGUAUGUCCGAUACCUUAUUGGUAGCAGUUGAAAAAUGUCCACUCUGCGAAAGCACAAGAAGAAAAUUGACUUGCUCUGAAUGUGUCCAGAAAGGAAGUUUUUCCUAUUCGUCAACGUCAGACGGAGAAAUAUAUUCUGUUAAAAGCAACAGGAUUUCGCAGUUGCUACAGCAAAGGAAAUCUCCAGCACAAAGUAUUGCAGAUUUAAAUGAAAGAAAUUAUAUAUAUGAAGCUAAACGUAUCGAGUUACUGUCGCUUAAUUUAAAAAUAAAUUCACUGAGGACUGUCGUGAAGACAUUGAAGCGAGAAACCGAUUUUCACCAGCAUAAACUUUCUAAACGGAAAGAGAUACAUGAGAAGUUAUUGAAUAAAUUUGAACAUGUGAAAAAGAAUUCAAGGCAUUGGGAAAACGAGCUUGUAGCUUUAUCAGCAAAGGUAAAAGAUGAAAAGCAAAGAUUGACAGAAUUGAACCUAAAAUUGGUUGAAUUGAGAAAAAUGUCGAUUAUGAACUUGAAGCAAAAUAUCUUUCCAAUUACCUCUAGGCCAGUUUAUAAAGAAUUUGGAACACCACCAGGACUAACUGUAGCAACAAGGGGACUUUCAAGCGAUUUGAUUCUUGAAACAAGUGUUAGUGCAGAAACAGAUUUAGAAGAUGCCACAAAAUGCACCUAUCAGGAGGGUCGUUGGGUUCAAACAAAUUUAUCAGAAAUGGAGUAUUGCAUUUUGGGUUCUGGGCUUCCAGCAUCUGGUGAUUACUUUAAGUAUUUUGAAUGGCUCAAGUCGUACAGGAGAGAGCCAAGAGGUCCAGAUGAUCAGGAAAAUAUCCACAUCAUCCCUGUGCUAGAAAUACCAGCAGCUUUGGCUUUUAGCUGCCAAGUUUUGAAACUUUCAGCUAAAAUUCUUGGUGUGAAUCUGCCACACAAGAUCAAUUUUGGAGACCUGAGUAAUCCAUACACCCAUCCAAGAAAGUUUUGUGAAGCAGUAGCCAAGUUGAAUAAAAAUAUAGUGCACAUGUGCUUUAGCCAGCUUUUGCAGCCCAAUCAGUUAUCACCAGUGCAAACCCUGAAGAACCUGGAUUUAUGUCUUUCAGAGCAAAAUGAAAACCUUGGGUAUAUAGGCAAUUAUGAAACCUACAUGUAUGAGAUGCCAGAGCUAUUCACUGACCAGGAAGGUGGUUUAGGGGAAAUUGGUUAUGGUUCAGAUUCAAGUGAUAGUGAUGACAAUGAUGAUGGCGAUUUUGCUGUCAAAGAUGAUUGGGAUAGCUUGCAAGAUCUCCUAGAGGUCCAAAAGGAUAUUGACCUAUCAGAGACACGAUCAACCCAAUCAGACCAAUCACUGUCAUCUUCUGCUACUGGGCUUGUUACAUCAGCAGCUGCUUCUGUGGCUUCAUUGUGGAGAUGGAAAAAGAACUAGUAAAAUAAAUUGGUAUCAUCCAAGCGUAAAUUUGAUGUUUAAAUUAGUUCUGAUUACUCUUAGGACAAACUAUGAAUUAUUAUGAUAAUGCUUCUUUAUUACUAGAAAAUAAGGCCCUUAGUGAACAGGAGAAAUAAGAUGGUAUAGACUUACUCUUUUGAAUCGUUUCAGGUAUCAAAAAUCAAACUACCUGCCAAAUAAACCAAACAAAAACUUGUUUGGCCCAUCAUUCUUACUUAAUUGGUUUUGUAUUUGUAUUUGCUUUUUAAUCAAAUCUAGUUACAUUGUGAUUCACAGGAGAAAGUUAAUUAUCCAUUAAAAGUCAAUUUAAAAUCUGGAUCAAAUCAAACCUAUUUGUAUAUGUACCUUUAGUGUAUGUGGUAUAAUUUCAAGUCAUAAAAAAGAAAUGAUUAUUAUUAUUAUUAUCAAUUUAUGAUAAAAGCAAUAGAAAUGGUAGAGAAGAUAGAUCAUGAUAUUCCAUCAAAUUCACUGAUUGUUGUGAUUAGUAUUUUUAUAUGGAUGUUCAUGGGUAUUUUUUUAAUUGGUCCAGCUAAUUACCACAUUUUCUCAAAUAGAACAUUUUGCAAGAGCAAUGGGUACCUAAGUGAGCCAAAAACACUUCAAAAGAGAAUAGUGUGGUGUCAAGUAAUUUGUCCUUGAAGAGAGGCUGAAUAGGUGAAUGGCAAAGAAAAUGUGCAUGCUUUUCUCAGUAUUUUAGGUUUGUCACCCUUUGCUGGGGGCUUUUAAACCACCUUACCAAUUUUUUAUCAACUUUGAACUUUUCUAUCAGCUUCUCCAAUGCUUUGUUUUUAGUGAAUCCACCAUAUUUUCUUUUAGUCUUGAAAAGGAUUUAUUUUCUCCUGAAAACUGUUAACUGUUUAAAAUUAACUGAAAUGCUUGUUUUGACUCUUGGAAUUAAAGCUGAGGAUCAUCAAAACUUUGCCUCUAAAUAUGUGAAUAUAGCUGAGGAUCAUCAACAUUUUUAAGAUUUUUGUGAAUUGGUUUUUCUCAGAAGAAUAGCUGCUGUCCCUAAAUAUAAGUUACCCUUGGUUUGAAACUUAGUGGGCAAGCAAAGCUGAGAAUUAAAAGCUGGCAUGCACAUUUCUCAAGGUGGCAGUGGCUGGUUUAGGGGUGUCCAGGGGGCAUAGCCCCAGGCCACAUGCUUAUGGUAAAGAGAAGGGGCCUGACACUUAAGAAAAAAUUAUAAAGAACAAGGACUCAAUAUAUGAUUUUUGUCCCAGACCCUAUCAUCCCUAAAGCGGUUGCUGCAAGGUAGGAAUACACAAAGUCAAAAGUUCAUGUCUUGAAAAAGGUGAUGGCAAGAAAACAAAAGAUUGGCAAUUUGUAACUAUUUUUGAAGCUGCAAAACAAAACAGCAGAUGUAGAAAAACAAUGAAAAAAUGAAGGAGUUCAAUCUAAGGAAUGAUUUCAAUUAAAAGAAUUGAUUAAAAUUUCAACAAAAAAUACUUCAUUUCACAGAAAAUAGAAAAAAAUUCAUGAUAAAAAAUGAAAAGUACGGAUGGAAAAGUCAAAUUUUAUGUACGGGUGGAAAAGAGGCCAGCCUUGUGGAGGAACGAGGCUUUAACAUGGUAGACA